GGUCGUGGGGAGGGGUCUGCGAAAAGAGCUGAAGCGGCCAUGGAGAGAGCGAAGGAGGUGGGGGUGGGAGGGGUCCCCCCUGCUGCAGCUCGGAAGAAGAAGGAGAAGAAGAAGCCCUGGCGAUACUGGGAGGGGGACGAAGCCCAAGCGGAGCCGGAGCAGGCCGGCCCACCCAAUGCCAAGGAGCACGGGGAAAACGGGGGCCUCCCAAGGAAGAAGGCGAAGAUGGGGCCUGGCUCCAAGAACCGCAUCUCGGGGAAGGUGGACCCCUUUCCCGGUUCAGCGGCCAUUGGCCAUGAGCGGGUGAAGAAGUUCCGUCGAGGAGCCAAACGCAAUCUGGGGACGGUGUCGAACAAGCGGCUCAGGCGGCACUUGGUGCUGCAGGAGGAGAAGGCAGAGAUGGCAUCCAAGCAGGCGGCCCGGAUGGAGCUGCUGCUCCUGGAGGAUGCUGGGUUUUUGGAAGGAGAAGAUGGUGAAGACACUUGCACCAUUGCCCAGGUGGACAUUGCUGAGGCCGUCGACCUUGCUGCCAGCACAAAGCAUUUUGAACUGCGGCUCAACCAGUUUGGCCCGUACAGGGUUAACUACACACGCAAUGGGAGGCAUCUGCUUCUGGGGGGCCGUCGGGGGCACGUGGCAGCUCUCGACUGGCACACAAAGGCCUUGAUGUGUGAGAUCAACGUCAUGGAAUCCAUCACUGAUCUCACGUGGCUGCACACAGAGACCAUGUUUGCCGUGGCCCAGCGUAAGUGGCUGUAUGUCUACGACAACCAAGGGGUGGAGCUCAGCUGCUUGAAGCGCUUCAACGGGGUCCAGAGGAUGGAGUUCCUGCCAUACCACUUCCUCCUAGCCACAGCGAGCGAGACAGGAUUCUUGCAGUACCUGGAUAUCUCGGUGGGGAAGGAGGUGGCGACCAUCUGCACGAAGGGGGGUCGGCUGGGCGUCAUGGCCCAGAACCCGUCCAGUGCCAUCGUGCACCUGGGCCACAGCAACGGCACAGUCACACUGUGGAGCCCCAACGUGAAGGAGCCCCUCGUCCGGAUGCUGUGCCACCGGGGCGCCGUGAGGGCCGUGGCGGUCGAUGGCUCUGGAACCUAUAUGGCCACCUCUGGGCUAGACCGGAAACUCCACAUCUACGACCUGCGGGGGGCGUAUCGGCGCCUACACUCCCUCCUGCUGCCCACGGGGGCCGGGCACCUGGACUUCAGCCAGCGGGGGCUCCUGGGUGCUGCCUGUCAAGAGGUGGUCCAGGUGUACAAGGACAUUGUGACCUGUCCAUCCCCAAAGCCUUACCUGUGCCAUGCCCUGCCCCGCCCUGCCCACGGCCUGCGUUUCUGCCCCUUUGAAGAUGUGCUGGGCGUGGGCCACGAAGAGGGUUUUGCCAGCCUCCUGGUGCCAGGAGCCGGGGAGCCCAACUUUGAUGCCAUGGAGAGCAACCCUUUCCGAAGCCGGAAGCAAAGGCAGGAAUGGGAAGUCAAAGCCUUGCUGGAGAAGAUCCCGUCCGAAUUGAUCUCACUCGAUCCUGGGCAGCUGGGCUCUGUCGACAGGACCUCCCUGGAGCAGAGGCAGCAGCAGCGGGUGGAGAGGCUUGGCUAUGACCCCCAGGCCAAGGGCAGGUUCUACCCCCGGCGGCGGCUGAAGGGGCGGGACUCAGCAGGAGGCCGGUUGAGGCGCAAGAAGAAGGUGGCAGCUGAAGAACAGCGCGCCACGAUCCGGAAGAGCAUUUCUGAGAAGGCCAAGAGCCAGCAGCAGCCGCGGCCCAAAGCAGCGCCCCCCAUGGGUCAGAGGUCAGCCUUGGACCGGUUCCAGAAGUAGAAGCAGGGAGCGGCGGGGAGAGAAGAAGCUGCCCCCCAUGGGGGAGAAAGGACUCUUUCGGGCCCCCAGGCACUGGACCUGUAGCCGUUCUCUCUCUCACACACGUUGAGAUCUCUAGUGAGGGUCUGGCACCUCUAUUAAAGUCCUGGGGGGGCAGGGGCUCCCUCCCUCCCUGACUCCUGUGCUUUGGAAGUGUCUCCUGGAAAGCACAUGCGUGUGUGCUGUGUGGAGAAGUUCCCAAGAGGAGGAUUUUUUGCAAGUGUCUUUCAAUGGAGAAUACAAAACUGUCCCUGAAAAA